AUGUCCUACUCGUGCCCUCGUAAGAAAAUGUUGGAGGAUAAGAAGAAAACUACCAAGUCUGCCAUUACCAUCUUCACCACUAACAUCACCAGUGCAAGCUUUGGGGAUUACUUUAUGUUUCUGAAGCAAGGGAAAGUAGAAGAGAGAACCCUGAUUCAGAUCCAGGAAGACCAACCUUUGAAUGCUGCUUCCAAUGGCUCUGCCUCUGGCAGGAAGAUUGUGGCCAAAAAGAAGAUAAAAAUGUUGUUGGAGUCCAUUAACUGGAGGCUUCAACUGGUAAAAAGCAUCAAAUACGUGCUAGACUACAAACAGACCCUGAAAAUGAUCAGACAAGGCAAAGCCAAAUUGGUCAUCUUAGCCAACAAUUGCCCAGUCCUCAGGAAAUCAGAGAUUGAAUAUUAUGCUAUAUUGGCCAGAAUUGUCAUACAUCACUACAGUGGCAACAACAUUGAAUGGAAAACAGUAUGUGGGAAGUACUACAGAGUAUGUAUGCUAGCUAUCAUUGACUCAGGUGAUUCUGAUAUUAGAAACACGCCAAAACACACCAGUGAAAAGUAAAUUGUGCAAAAAUAUUCUUUAAUAAACUGGCCAAAGCCAGUUUAAAAAAAGAAAAGAAAGUAAAAGAAAUAUUUUUAAUGUGAUUGUAGAUAUAAAAUCUAAAUCAGAUUUCUUGACAUCUUAGGGAGAGAGAAAGGGAGGAAGGGAAGAAGGGAAGGAAAAAAGGAAAUCAAAAUAUUGUAAAAGUAAAUGUUGAAAACUAAUAACCUUUUAGAAAGUGACGGAGAAAAUUUUUUUAAAAUUUUAAAAAUCACUUUAGAAAAUGAUGGAGAAUAAACAUUAAAGUGUAUUAAGCUUACCUUCACCCCAGUUCAUUGUUAAACAUUUCCAAAGACUGAGUCCAUAUCUUUGCCACUCUGAAAUUACUUUGAUUUCCUUUGCAUAGAUAGAAUAUUUGUUUCUUUGGGUCCUAAUUAUUAUCUCACAAUAGAAUGUAAGCUAUUUGAGAAAAGGAAAUGUUUCUAUUUUGAGUCACUGAUUCUAACACUGAACCUAGUGUUUGGCAUGCAAUAGGUGCUUAUUAAAUGCUUAUUGACUACACAUAUCCUAGUCCUCCUAAAGUGUUUUUUGUUGUUUUGUUUGGGACUUUUUUUUUUCAUUAUGAUCUUGAAACAGAAGGGAAGGGGACUGGAAGGUGAAAAAAGAAUCUGAUAAACCAGAAUUCUAUGUGGGCAACAAGAACUGGACCCAAAUUUUCCCCAGAAUAGUCUUAACUUCAACUAUGGCCUUGCAGGUUACCCAUUUCUUCCCUUUGUCCCAUAGACUGAUGGCAUUGAUCGCUACAGUAUGGGAUUACGAUGGAAAUUGAGAGACUAUAGAGUAAGAAGUUGGGGGUUCAAAUCUCACCUCUGGUGAUUACUACUUGUAUGACCUUGAAAAAUAUCUUAAUUUCUCUGAGACUCAGUUUCUUCAUCUUUAAAAUGAACCAAUUGACUAGAUGAUCUCUUCUAGUUCUUAAAACAUGGACUUGUCUGAUUUUUCCUCCUGUAGCAUGGUGGGGUACUGAUCGUGUUGGGGUGCUUCAGAGAGUCUAGAGGCUUCUGGAAUGAAGGUUCUGCUCUCAAAACCAAGUGCCAUUCAUUAUUACAGCCAAAUGAGAUUCCUCACCAA